AAAUUGCAAAUCAUCAAUUCCUGGUAUCAAAACGUCAUGUCAGCCUACGGCAAAGUGCGUAGCGUGAACAAGCCCCGCGGCAUUCUUCCACCACGACUCUACCCAGUCCUUGGGCCCAACGUCUCCGACUCAAAAGCCGCGAUCUUGACAGUCGCCGUUGACUUCGCAGCCGGGGAUGCCAUAGACGAGCGAUUAUCGCAGAUCCUCCGCAAUGACUUCAACGAAGAACUAGAAGCCGGACAAACGUACCCUCAGGAAGAAAUCCUCGACGAAGCAGGCUACGCAGCAUACUUCCAAAGCCACGAUGUGAUUCUAGGAUUCCACCUCUCAAAGGAGCAAUCGAUGGAACUCUACUCUCCUUCCAUUAUUCCGGAAGAUAACAUUCCCCCCGAAACAGGCAUCUCGUUGCCAAGAAACACCUUCACCAAUAUAACGUUCUCGCACAUCAAGGUUCCAGAUGACCAUGAUUUUGUAGUCGAGCUUGAACCGACGGCAUACGCAUUCGCGUACUACAUCAAACCAAACUACCCGGGUCGCAGCUCGCAUCUCUGCAACGCGGGGUUCAUAGUACCGCCUUCGUUGCGCGGUCAAGGACUCGGGCAGAUCGCCGCGCGCUCGUUUUGCUUUUAUGGUCCGGCGAGUGGAUACCGCGGGAGCGUGUUCAAUCUCGUCUAUGUGAAUAACGAGGCGAGUGUCAAGCUUUGGGAACGACUUGGGUUUUGGAAUGUUGGGAGAAUUCCUGAGGCUGGGAGGUUGAGGAAAGCGGAUGGGAGUGGGGAGGAGUUUGUGGAUGCUUGGGUUGUUUAUGGUGAUUUCAGGAUCGUUGGGGUGAGGGAUUUCAUGUAA